UCAUCCACAUUUUAGGUCAGAGUUGAGGGUGAGGCGUGCCUGGUUACCAAGGUGACGGCCCAGCUAACAUGGAUAGCUAUUGCAGCAAGGCGUUUUUUUUCUCUCCAGCCUUUCAAUCUUGGAGGAGAUAGCUAGCUAAAUCAGUCAAAUAGCAAUCUUGCCACAACAAGACUGUGCCAUGAAAUUAUCGCAAUGUGUUAUUUAAAUAUAGGACUAGUAUGGAUCAUCUACUUCUAUGCAGUGAACACUUUGAAGAAUGGAUAAUUACAAGAUAAUCAACAAAAUUGGAGAAGGGACAUUUUCAGAAGUGGUGAAGGCUCAAAGCCUGAAAGAUGGGAAAUAUUAUGCGUGUAAAACGAUGAAGCAGUCACUCAGCAGCCUGGAACAGGCCAACAACCUGCGAGAAGUCCAGGCCAUGAAAAGACUGAACCCUCACCCAAACAUCAUUCAGCUGCAUGAAUUGAUAUUUGACAAAGAGUCAGGGACCCUGUCCUUGGUAUGUGAGCUGAUGGAGAUGAACAUAUACGAGUUCAUACGAGGUCAGACACACAGUGAAACUGCUACUCUGAAUGACAUGAAACAUCUACCACAACUGCAGCAACCUUUGCCAGAAAGUAAAAUCAAACACUACAUGUACCAACUUUGCAAGUCAAUCGAUCACAUGCAUAGCAACGAGAUCUUUCACCGGGACGUUAAGCCAGAGAAUAUUCUAAUCAAACACGACGUGCUCAAACUAGGAGACUUUGGCUCGUGCAGGAGUUUGCACUCCAAGCCCCCCCACACAGAGUACAUCUCCACCCGCUGGUACAGAGCCCCAGAGUGCCUCCUCACAGACGGCUAUUACUCACACAAGAUGGACAUGUGGAGUGUAGGAUGUGUUUUCUACGAGAUCAUCAGUCUCAGCCCUCUGUUUCCGGGAACCAAUGAGUUGGAUCAGGUGACCAAGAUCCAUGAUGUUUUGGGUACACCUGACAGCAGUCUCCUUCAAAAAUUCCCUCAGUCUAGGGCGAUGCGUUUUGACUUCCCUCUGCGGAAAGGCAGUGGAAUAUCUCCGCUCAUCCCAAACUGUUCAGCGCCCAGUCUGUCGUUGCUCUACCAGAUGCUGGCCUACGACCCAGAGGAGCGCAUUGGCGCAAGAGCUGCGCUACAGCACGUCUAUUUUAGAGAGCUACGGCUGGCGGAGAGGAGAGCUGAUAGUCUGCGCAGGGCCAUUGUUACUGUAGAGGGAGGAGAGAGCAGUGGGACCCCCAACUCUGUGGAUCACCUGCGGCGCAUGGCCAGACAGGGCAGGAGGCAGCACAACACAAAGCAUGUUGCCGAGCCUCUGAUCAGACGCAACGCCCCACAGGUGGAAUUACCAAAGCUCAAUGUGGUAGUGCCUGCACCCCAGAUCACCUACCCUGUUAGCACAGUGCCAGCUCUCACCAUCACUCACCGUGGGUCCCUCCCUGCCAUCACAUCAAAAAAGUGCCACUCCCGGUUGGCUAAGCCAAGGGAUGAGUCCCACUGCGCUGCUUUCAAGACCUACUAUCUGCCUCCUCUGGAUAGGAAACCUGGUGGCUACUGAGCGCCCCAAAACUUAACAACUGUUGCUGUUCAACAGACCUGUUGUACCAGCUGUACAUACUCGGAUCUGCAUUUGGUUGAAUAAAGCCGCUCAGCUACUGCAAA